AAGACAACAAGAAACCAAAAAAAAAUUAUUUAUUUCUUCAGAUAUUCUUGAAGUUUUACAAGAAAUGAAGACGAUUGUAUUGUUUUUAAUUAUUACAAUUCUUGUUUCAUCAUGUGCGUCAAAUAUUAUGACACAAUCUUCGUCACAAGUAAAAGCUCCUUCUUACUAUGAUGAACAGAAACCCGAAACGGAUUCAGAUGAAUAUAAUCUUGGACACUCUCCUGCAGACUUCGAAUCAGACUUUUGCCAAGAAUGUGCACAUCAUUGUAUGUAUAAAAACAAGGGUGUAUUUAGUUGUAAGAAAUAUAUUUGUAGGUGUACCUGGAAUGAACUCUCUUAACAUAUUGUAUUUUAUUUUAUAAAUUCAUAAGAUCAAAGAUUACAAUAUAAUUAAUUGAUUUUCUAUAUUUAAAAA